AUGUUGACCUCAGCAGAAGGGGUGAUUUAGUUGCGAUUUGGCAACCCCGUUCUUAGCUACAAUAGCUGACUACACUGCGCACAUGAACGCGGAAUCUCCUAAACAUCAAAAUAAACACAUUUUUUAUUUAAUAACGGAGAAGGAGACGCUGAGCAGAUCUUGGUAUUGAUCAUGGAUUAUGGGAGGCGGAGCGGAUGCUGCGAGCGUACGGGACGUACAGAAAACAAGGAUCAUGACUACAGAGACGUGGACUACCGCGGAUAUUCUCACGACAGCGGAUAUAACGAAAUCGACGACAUAAGUAAAGACAGGCAGCACGGACGUGGCGAUUUUGACGACAGUCGGUUCAGAGCGCGAGGAAACAGAGAGAGCGGAGACGGACACCGGCGGGGUAGCGGCUUUUCAAAUUCCAACGCGCACGUCGAGCAGGAGGAAAGAGACUUUCGAUUCGAGGACGAACACGACGCCCACACGCGAGACUACGAGCGCUUCAGACGCAGAACAGAAGAGUGGAGAAGAGACGGAGGACAAGCCGAAGAGGAGAAAUAUUCCAGAACUUCCGGAUCACGAAGGCAGGGCGGAUGGAGGGACGAGGACGGAGAGAUGAAUUACAGGACAGAGUCGAGCGCAGAGGACUCAGAGCUGCGUGAUCGGGAUUACAGAGGUGAAGACCAGAAACCAAGCAACAUCAUCAUGUUGAGGAUGUUACCACCUGACGCCACCGCCAACGAGAUCCGAGCCCUUCUCCAGGUUCAGGGGAUUCAGCCUCGAGAUGUUCGCCUGAUGAGGAACAAAUCCUCAGGUCAGAGCCGAGGAUUCGCCUUCGUCGAGUUUAAUCACUUGCAGGAGGCCAGCCGCUGGAUGGAGACCAACCAGAGAUUGCUCACUGUUCUGGGACACAGAGUGUCUAUGCACUAUAGUGAUCCUAAGCCACGCGCUAACGAGGACUGGCUGUGUAACAAGUGUGGAGUGCAGAACUUCAAACGAAGGGAGAAAUGUUUCAAAUGCGGAGUUCCAAAAUCAGAUGCUGAGCACAAACUGCCCAUGCUGCAAAAAGAUCUAACCCUGAGGCAGUCAAAGGAUUCAUCACAGGGCUUACUGCCUCUUCCUACCAUCUAUCAGUCAGCCACCCCUCUGCUUAACAUCUCCGCUUCAUCUCAGGCUGCGGAGGCAGCAAACGACACCCUAAUCCUCAGGAAUCUUGGUCCUCACACCACACUAGAGGCCAUUUUGUCAUCCCUGGCACCAUUCGCUACAUUGUCUUCCACCAACGUUCGGCUCAUUAAAGACAAACAGACGCAGCUGAAUCGUGGCUUCGCGUUCGUACAGCUCACCACCAUCGUGGAGGCGUCUCAGCUGUUACAGAUCCUUCAGGCUCUUCAGCCUCCGCUGUCCAUCGACGGGAAAAGCGUGACUGUGGAGUUCGCCAAGGGCUCAAAACGAGAGGUAUCGGUGGCCGACAGCAGUCGAGUGAGUGCAGCGACAGUAGCGAGUACAGCCAUCGCUGCGGCACAGUGGGCCGUUUCCCAGCUGUCCGCAGGAGGAGAUGUGAGCGUGUACCACCAGGGGGCAGCAACAUCUACAUUUAUUCAGCAGAGACCAGAAGGAGUUGCCUCAGAGGCAGUCAGCUAUCAAGGGGCCGCUGCUGUUAUUGGGACAGGCCCUGUGGCAAAUUCUGCUCCAGGGUUAAUAGGUGUCUAUGAAGAAGGGAGUAUGACUGCAGCGUCUUUGGUUCCCACGGUAACCGAAGGUGCAGCCGUCAGUUCUGCGCACAUACAGACACUAAAACAGGUCGUCAGCUCACGGCCAAGCCAGGUUGAGAUUGUUGGAAAGCCUCAACCUGCCACCCCAGGAACAGCCCAUGAGCUUCAGCAGUACCCUGAUCCUGAUGUGUCCACAUAUCAGUACGAUGAAAGCUCAGGUUAUUACUAUGACCCUCUGACUGGACUUUACUACGAUCCAAACUCCCAGUAUUACUACAACCCUCACACACAGCUGUACAUGUACUGGGACGGAGAAAAACACACUUACGUUCCUGCCCCUAACGAUGGCACUGAUCCUGCUGCCAUGGCUACAACCUCUGAUUUCUCGUCUUUGACCAAGGAGAAGAAGGACAAACCCAAAACCAAGACAGCGCAGCAGAUUGCUAAAGACAUGGAGCGCUGGGCUAAAAGCAUGAACAGACAGAAGGAGAGCGUUCGCUCGGCCUCGUCCGCUCUCACGCAGGCCCGACUCGCAGACGAGCGCCGAGAGUCCGCCAGCGCCGACGCCGGAUACGCCAUUUUGGAGAAGAAGGGUGCUCUGUCAGACCGUCUGCAGAUUCUGACGGAGCACAUACAGCAUCCUGAAGAAAGAGAGAGUCCUCCUCCUCAAACUUCAGCGUUGGUGUACAGAGGAGAGACGGACGGAGAGGAUGUGGGAAGAGGAGAGAGGGAUGAGAGGAUGACAGACUGGGCUAAACUGGCAUGUUUACUCUGCAGGAGACAGUUUCCCAGUAAAGAGGCUUUAAUCAGACAUCAGCAGCUCUCAGAGCUCCAUAAGCAAAAUCUUGAGCAGAGAAGAGCUCGACAGGCCCUGCAGGAGAGCAUGGAGAGCCAGAUGAAAUACAGGAGUGACACCCCAGAUGCCAAAAAGAGGAAAUACAGCCCCAUGUGACCCCACACACACACACACACACGCACACACAGUGCACUAACAGAAUCAACUUCAUGUCACACACAGCCAUAAUUAACACUGAGUGUUAGGAGCGCAUUCAGAUUGAUUUCUUUUUUUUUUCUUUUCUUUUCCCUCUCGUCAACACACACACAAACACACCACAUCUCCGGUGUUAAAUAAUGCAUUCUUCAGUAAUAAGAAUCCACUGAGGUAAAUGUGUGUGUGUGUGUGUGUGUUUGACAACAGAUAAAACCUUCACCACAGUGUGGUGUCUUAAAAAUCUCAGCCUUUAUUUUCCAUUAAAAAAGAAUUAACAUCAGCAAUCAGAAAUUUUGUUUAUAUUUUACAAAUGUAAUUAUAAUUUUUUUUUAUUAACAAAUUUAUUUUUACUUGGUCACUUUCAUAGAUCAUAGUCUUCUCAUUUAUUAUUUGAAGUGUUUGUUUUUAAAGAGAACCCAUUAGCUUCCAUGUAAAUGUUUAAUUAUAAUUUUGAUUAUCUCUAUUUUUUAUUUUGAAGGACAGCAGAAAUAUUCAGGAUUGUAUCAUUUCUUUUUUUUUUUCUUUAAAGAAAUCCUAGCAAUAUUUUAAAGGAAUGUGAUGUCAAUUUCUGACUGGAAUAGAAUAACACUAUUUCAGUAUGAACCUGUUCAUUAAAACUAUUUCUGCGCUCUUAAGCGUGUAAACUUUCGAACACUUGUCUAUGCAGCAAGAUUAGCGCGUGUAGUCCUUUAAACGUGUUUAAGUCCGUUUAAUAUUCACGUUGUAUACAAACUUCGUCGUGCCACAUUGCGUUUGUGCGUCAUCGUCAAAUGAGUGAAUUGUCCAUGUUUUAUGUCUUUUGCUAACAAAACUGUCAGCUUUUUUUUUUUUUUUUUUCCCUGUCAACUAUUUACACAAAAACGUCUCGCAAACUAGCAAGACAAGAAUAUUAAAGUCUUAGCGCACAGGAAGUCAAAACAGUCGUAAGUCGGUUUCAGUCAAACCUGCGCAGAGCUAGUUAGCGUGUUCAUACAGCAGAAAUGGUCCAGAAUCGGCUGUGAGUGGGAUCAACAUACAUAUCAUGUGCGAUUCGUACACGUUUUCUCUUCAGGACAUACUUGUAUUUUUGUAAGUCUGUACAGUAUGCGUUUUAAUGAACUGUUUUAUGAGCAAAGAUUUUAAAAAAGAAAAGAGGCCAUUAUGAUAUUAAGAGUUCCAUCACUCCUGUCUUGUUAAGCGUUUAUAAAUGUAAAGCAUUAUAUAAACGAAAAAUAAAGAAUCAGACUGCAUUGUA